UAUGCCCCCAGUGAUGGCUAUUAUCGUGGCAAUGAGUCCAACCCAGAAGAGGAUGCACAGAGUGACGUCACAGAAGGCCAUGAUGAGGAGGAUGAGAUCUACGAGGGCGAGUACCAGGGUAUCCCUCACCCAGAUGACGUCAAGGCCAAGCAGACCAAGAUGGCGCCCUCCAGGGCGGACGGCCUUCGUGGCAGGGCCGACCUGAUUGCCGAGAGGAUGGAAGAUGAGGAGCAGUUGGCCCACCAGUAUGAGACCAUCAUUGACGAGUGUGGCCACGGGCGCUUCCAGUGGAUCCUCUUUUUCGUCUUGGGUUUGGCCCUGAUGGCCGAUGGGGUGGAAGUGUUCGUGGUGAGUUUUGCCCUGCCCAGCGCAGAGAAGGACAUGUGUCUGUCCAGUUCUAAGAAAGGAAUGCUUGGGCUGAUAGUCUACCUGGGCAUGAUGGCGGGGGCCUUCAUCCUGGGGGGCCUGGCUGACAAGUUGGGGAGAAAGCGAGUCCUCAGCAUGUCUCUGGCCCUCAACGCCUCCUUUGCCUCCCUGUCCUCCUUCGUGCAGGGUUAUGGAGCCUUCCUUUUCUGCCGACUCAUCUCAGGCGUCGGCAUUGGGGGUGCCCUGCCCAUUGUGUUUGCCUAUUUCUCUGAAUUCUUAUCUCGGGAGAAGCGAGGAGAGCACCUGAGUUGGUUGGGCAUCUUUUGGAUGACUGGGGGCAUCUAUGCGUCUGCCAUGGCCUGGACCAUCAUCCCACACUACGGCUGGGGCUUCAGCAUGGGCACCCAUUACCAUUUCCACAGCUGGAGAGUGUUUGUCAUUGUCUGCGCUCUGCCCUGCACCGUGUCCAUGGUGGCCCUGAGGUUCAUGCCAGAGAGCCCACGGUUUCUGCUAGAGGAAGCCUUCCUGGGUUACUAUGGACUGACGGUUUGGUUUCCUGAUAUGAUUCGGUAUUUUCAAGACGAAGAAUACAAGUCCAGAAUGAAGGUAUUUUUCGGUGAACAUGUGUACGGUGCCACAAUCAACUUCACCAUGGAAAAUCAGAUUCAUCAACAUGGGAAGCUUGUGAAUGAUAAGUUCACAAAGAUGUACUUUAAACAUGUUCUCUUUGAAGACACGUUCUUUGAUGAGUGCUAUUUCGAAGAUGUUACAUCUACUGAUACCUAUUUCAAAAACUGCACCAUUGAAUCCACCAUCUUUUAUAACACAGACCUGUACGAGCACAAGUUCAUCAACUGCCGGUUUAUCAACUCCACCUUUCUGGAGCAGAAGGAGGGCUGCCACAUGGACUUUGAGCAAGACAACGACUUCCUGAUUUACCUGGUCAGCUUCCUCGGCAGUCUGUCCGUCUUGCCUGGGAACAUCAUUUCUGCCCUGCUCAUGGAUAGAAUUGGACGGCUCAAGAUGAUCGGUGGCUCCAUGCUGCUCUCGGCCGUCUGCUGCUUCUUCCUGUUCUUUGGCAAUAGCGAGUCAGCGAUGAUCGGCUGGCAAUGCCUGUUCUGUGGGACCAGCAUCGCUGCCUGGAAUGCCCUGGAUGUGAUAACGGUGGAGCUGUACCCCACCAACCAAAGGGCAACGGCCUUUGGCAUCCUCAAUGGAUUAUGCAAAUUUGGAGCCAUUCUGGGAAAUACCAUCUUCGCAUCUUUUGUUGGGAUAACCAAAGUGGUCCCCAUCCUUCUGGCUGCCACUUCUCUCGUUGGGGGUGGCCUGAUUGCUUUGCGUCUGCCAGAAACCCGAGAGCAGGUCCUGAUGUGACCUACCUGUGGGGAAAGGAAAUGUCGCAAGAAACUUGUCCAGGAACUUUCAGUGCACCCACGCUUCCUGUCUGUCACCGUCCAGAGGACCCUGGAUGGCACCAGAGAAGUUGAUUUUGUGACCCCUAGUGUAGGACCCAUGUCAGCUGUCAAGAUGUUUGUAACUCAGGUGACUGAUUUGGGGUGCCCUGAACCACCCUGAUAAUUAUAGAGCUGCGUGCUUGGUUUUGGGGCUCCCCAUCCCAAGGCAGGGGAGGAGAAAUAACAUCCUCCAGUGGGUGCACAUACUGAGCAAGGAGUGUGGUUUCCCCAAGUGAGAUGCAAGGACUUAUUUGUGUUUCAAAAUGAAUUUGAGCGUGAGAAACACUCAAACUCCUUCAUAAAGUUCCUCGGAGCCCAAUGACCUAACUAACUGACUUGGCAGGAAGUUAGAGUCAUCAUAUCAAUAUUGGGCUUGAAGUAUAGGACACGUGUAUUUUUGCAUUUAAAAAUAUCACCUCUCCUAUUGUCCAUUUGAAAAUUGGCACAAUAGCAUUGAAGAUACUCUGAUGUAGAAAACCAAAUAUUUGAGCAUUAUCUAUAGAAACCUACUUCCCUUCCCACCCCAGGUGUGCUAAUUCUCCAGGAUGAUUAGAUGCUAAAUUUAAGAGUAAUAUUUAUUCCUAUUUUGAUCUAUUCAAAGAAACUUAUUGGAAUAGGUAUUCUAUAAACUAACGUUGUACAUACUGCAUUUGGGUUUAAUUUGCAGACAUGGUAUCUGCAAAUACUUGCCAGCAUUAUAGCCAUAUUUUGGGAAGACUUGGUGUUUGAGGUCCCGGGAAACUGGGUCCGACCGAAUGAACAAAAUGCAAGCACAACUUCUUAGAGCCAUUUAACUUGCUGUGGGGAGGCUGCUCUUCACAAACUCACAUUGUACAGCUCACUUAACCCAGGCACUUUUCUCGGUGUAGGUGGAGUGCUCCCCUCUUUUACACAGAUCACUUGUGAGUCGCAGUCAGCACUGGCGUUUGACUUUGCUGCCCUCCCAGCAGCAGCCCGAGAAGUGUUCAGUGGCCUCUGGCACUGUCUCUGUAGGUGAGCAUAAAACAGGGUGGAUAACACGUGGGAUGGAGGGAGGGACAAGGAAGCAUAGCCAUAGCUCUUCCACAUGCGCAGUCUUCCUGUUCCUUUCAGCUGUAAAGCAUAAUCCAGGUUUGUGACAAUGCUCAGGUCCCAUGAGAAACCUCUGCUAUGUGUCUCGAUUCGGGACUUUUGAAACAGAUGUCCCUGGCAUGGGAGUAGAGCGUGUCAUGGAUGUUAAGUAUGUUUUACUUGAGUGUUCUAAGAGAGCUCUUUGCUGAGAUCCAAUUUGCAACAUGAAUUGGGGGUGGGGGGUGGGGGUGGGGUGAGGAACCUAGGACAAACUGCUUUGGCAAGGGUCAACAGUACACUGAGGUCUUGGCUCCGUAGGAAAGGAACAAGAUUUUAUCCGUCAGAACUGACUUGCAUGGAAGGGACAGUGAGCUGGAACUUGUGACACUGGAAGUGAACUUGCUGAGGCCAGGUGAAUAUCAGUCUGCAAGAACUCGCAAUUUGAGUUGAUGGGCAACACUGUAUCUCAAUGCUGUAAGAUGCCACCCUUUCCCUACCCAAAGUCUCCAAAGGUUUAAAACAGAGCAAUGCUGGCUGUGCUGAGUGUUUUCUCAGUUUUGGAGAACAUUUAGGUCCCCUGCUAGCUUAUCCCCAAGAUAGGCUGUUUUCCUGUUGUUCUCUGGAGUAACACAUAGUCGGCGGGGAAAGAAUAAAUUCUAUGGCACCUUUCUACCCUCAAGUUGAGAUCAGUUUAAUGGUUAAAAUGUUUACUCUGCUUCGCUUGUCCCUCACCUGUUGCUUUCUUCUUUUUUUUUUCUGUACAAUGAAGAUACAUCAACUCUGAUUUCACACCCUGAGUCCCCCAAAUAUAUAAAUAUGCCAUUGUGUAUUAAUGUUUCUUUCAGUGUUUUAUAGACGUUACCUAACAUAAAUAAAUGCUACAUUAAUAAUGAGAAGCCCAAUGUAAUAUAGCUGUAAUAUACUUGCCACCUUCUUAUGAUGUGAAAAGACAGUAGCCAGUUCACACAUGAGAGCUGUGUAAACCUGGGAUUACUAUGUCCUUUGUAACAUUGCUCUUCAUUGCUAUUCAGUGAGCCCCUACUGCAUAAGAAAUUUACAAGGCAGCUAGAGUCUGCAUUUCUAGUUAACAUGGAUCUUGUAAAUCUAAAACGUGAUUAAUUUUUGAGUGUUGGGGUGGCUGCAAUAAUUUUGGGGGUACACCCUGUUUAAUUUCUAAGCUCUAACGUCUGCAUAAUCUUUCUGGCUCCUUACACUAACCCCCGAACCAACCAAGGGCACUUCUCAUCUCAUCCCUGCUCGGUAGCCUGUCCCCAUUGAAGGAUUGUCUGGCACUGGAACAUGGUCGCUUCUUAAGUGCUGUCACUCCCGCUGAGAUAAAUGCUUCUUUAAGUAUAGUCUCUGUGGCAGGUCACGGGGGGAUAGUAUACAGCAGUGCCGGCCACCCGCUUCUUUUACAUUUCAUGUUCCACCCAGAGAAACUCCCAAUGUGGCAUCCAUGGAGUAUUGAAGGGAUGAGGUUCUUCUUCGUUGAGCAAAUCUGUUCGCAGUUGUUGAUGUAUUUUAUGAUGCCCAGUUUGGGAGUAAUUACUUUAAUAGUAUCAACUGUACGGUGUCAUUUCCUGAUGCUGAUUUUCCAUCCUCUGUUUUACUGGAAAUAAUUAGUGAAAGGGGUUUGCGCCUGUUUGUGAGGUUUAUAGCCCAUGAGCCCAAGGUCAUGUUAUAAAUCACCCCGUUGUGUUAGUUCAUUAAAAAUAAUAAAAAUAAUUGUAAGCAAA